AUGAAAGUUCCCAGUCUCAUCUUUAUUGAAGCCGCCGAGUCUUCCAACAGUCUCGUGUCAACCCUGUCAUUACAACCGCGAAAGGAUCUCGCCCCACGAGUUCCCAAGCGCAAGCCAUCGAGAGACUUGAUCAAAGAAAGGAGCAGCAAGCAGCAGAGUGAUAAUUCCACGGCCAAUGUCAGAUUCGACGAUGGUUGCAGUAGCCAGAGCCUUGCGCCGACUACCGUUACGAUGUCGUCGCUGAUCGAUGGAUUGGGUCGCCUCUCUCCUCUCGCAAGAAAUCCAAUGACACCGAUACAAAUAUCCUCUCACUUGACUACAAAAUGCGAUACACCGCCAACUAUCCCACAACGAGAUUCCUCCCGAGAAAGCUAUUCGUCGUCAUUAACCAAAGAGACAAACGAGAAUAUCUUGUCACAUAUGAAACUAGCUGCAGAAUUGGACAUGAACUUUCUCGACAAGAUCAGCUACCAUUCAAUCGAAAGUCGCAGAAGCAAAAGUACAAGGAGCAAUAGGUCAAUUCUUGCUUGCCCUACACAAUUGAUAUGCCAAAGCCGCCAUGACAUGCGGCAACACUAA